UUGAACUAACUAAGGGAAGACAAUUUGAACACAGUUUUCUGUUGUACACUUCAAAAUAGAGAAACGAUUUCUAAACUUUUCCAUCUUUGAAUUCCUUAGCAAAAUACAAUGCCCAGAAGCUUUUGGAAAGCAGUGACAGUGGCUGUGGUGGGAAUGAGAUCCCGAAACCAGGGCGGUGAAAGUUCAUCCGACGGGCAUGUCUCCUGCCCCAAGUCCUCCGUCAUCAGCAAUGCUGCUGAUAAAAGUCUCUCAGAAGACACGAAAAAGAAGAACAAAUCCAACAGAAAGGAGGAUGAUGUCAUGGCGUCAGGAACUGUCAAACGACACCUAAAACCAUCUGGAGAAAGCGAACGGAAAAGUAAGAAAUCCUUGGAGUUGUCCAAGGAAGAUCUCAUCCAGCUACUCAGUAUAAUGGAAGGGGAGCUACAGGCCAGGGAAGAUGUGAUCCACAUGCUGAAGACGGAGAAAACGAAGCCUGAGGUUCUGGAGGCUCAUUACGGGUCUGCGGAGCCAGAGAAAGUACUCCGGGUCCUGCACCGAGACGCCAUCCUGGCCCAGGAGAAGUCCAUAGGAGAAGAUGUGUACGAGAAACCCAUCUCAGAGCUGGACAGACUCGAGGAAAAGCAGAAGGAAACCUACCGGCGCAUGCUAGAGCAGCUGCUUCUGGCUGAGAAGUGUCACCGGCGCACGGUGUACGAGCUGGAGAACGAGAAGCACAAACACACGGACUACAUGAACAAGAGCGACGACUUCACCAACCUGCUGGAGCAGGAGCGGGAGAGGUUGAAAAAACUCCUUGAACAGGAAAAAGCUUACCAAGCCCGCAAAGAAAAGGAAAACGCUAAGCGGCUCAACAAACUGAGAGAUGAGCUUGUGAAACUCAAGUCCUUUGCACUCAUGCUGGUGGAUGAAAGGCAGAUGCACAUCGAGCAACUUGGCCUGCAGAGCCAGAAAGUACAGGACUUGACUCAGAAACUGAGGGAAGAGGAAGAAAAGCUCAAAGCCAUCACUUCCAAAUCCAAAGAAGACAGGCAGAAAUUGCUCAAGUUGGAAGUGGACUUCGAACACAAGGCAUCAAGGUUUUCCCAGGAACAUGAGGAGAUGAAUGCUAAGUUGGCCAGUCAGGAGUCUCACAACAGACAACUCAGACUCAAGCUGGUUGGCCUGACUCAGAGAAUCGAGGAGCUGGAAGAGACCAACAAAAACCUUCAGAAGGCAGAAGAAGAGCUUCAGGAACUAAGAGAUAAGAUUGCCAAAGGGGAAUGUGGCAACUCCAGCCUCAUGGCAGAAGUGGAAAAUCUACGGAAGCGCGUGCUUGAGAUGGAGGGUAAAGACGAAGAGAUCACGAAAACUGAGUCCCAGUGCCGGGAACUGAGAAAGAAACUGCAGGAGGAAGAACACCAUAGCCGGGAGCUCAAAAUUGAAGUUGAGAAGUUACAGAAAAGAAUGUCGGAACUGGAGAAACUGGAAGAAGCGUUUAGCAAGAGUAAAUCUGAGUGCACCCAGCUGCACUUAAAUCUGGAGAAAGAAAAGAACUUAACCAAGGACCUGCUCAACGAACUGGAGGUGGUCAAGAGUCGGGUUAAAGAACUGGAAUGUUCUGAAAGUCGAUUGGAAAAGGCUGAAUUAAGCCUCAAAGACGAUCUUACAAAAUUGAAGUCCUUUACCGUGAUGCUGGUGGAUGAAAGGAAAAAUAUGAUGGAAAAAAUAAAGCAAGAGGAGAGAAAAGUGGAUGGACUCAACAAAAAUUUUAAGGUGGAGCAAGGAAAGGUUAUGGACGUCACGGAAAAACUCAUCGAAGAAAGUAAGAAGCUUUUAAAGCUGAAAUCUGAAAUGGAGGAAAAGGUAUACAAUUUAACGAAAGAGAGAGAUGAGUUAAUAGGCAAACUGAAAAGUGAAGAAGAAAAAUCCUCUGAAUUAAGCUGCAGUGUGGACUUAUUAAAGAAGAGACUUGAUGGAAUAGAGGAAGUGGAGAGAGAAAUAACAAGAGGAAGGUCUCGAAAAGGACCUGAGCUCACUUGCCCUGAAGAUAACAAAAUUAAGGAACUAACCCUGGAAAUUGAGAGACUGAAGAACCGUCUGCAACAACUGGAGGUGGUGGAAGGGGACUUGAUGAAGACGGAAGAUGAGUAUGACCAGCUGGAGCAGAAAUUUAGAACUGAGCAGGAUAAGGCCAAUUUCCUCUCUCAGCAAUUGGAGGAGAUCAAACACCAAAUCGCCAAGAACAAAGCCAUAGAGAAAGGCGAGGCCGUGAGCCAAGAAGCUGAGCUGAGACACAGAUUUCGGCUGGAAGAAGCCAAAAGUCGCGAUUUAAAAGCUGAGGUCCAAGCUCUUAAAGAGAAGAUUCACGAAUUGAUGAACAAAGAAGAUCAGCUUUCUCAGCUCCAAGUGGAUUACUCUGUCCUUCAACAGAGGUUUAUGGAAGAAGAAAAUAAGAACAAAAGCAUGGGCCAGGAGGUCCUCCAUCUGACCAAAGAGCUGGAGUUGUCCAAGCGAUACAGCCGCGCCCUGAGGCCCAGCGUGAACGGGCGCAGGAUGGUGGAUGUUCCCGUGACAUCCACGGGCGUGCAGACGGAUGCCCUGGGCAGCGAGGCGGCGGAGGAGGACACACCAGCCGUGUUCAUCCGCAAGUCCUUUCAGGAGGAAAACCACAUCAUGAGCAACCUUCGCCAGGUGGGACUGAAGAAGCCUCUGGAACGUUCAUCGGUUCUCGACAGGUAUCCACCCGCGGCCAACGAGCUCACCAUGAGGAAGUCCUGGAUCCCGUGGAUGAGGAAGAGGGAGAACGGGCCCCCGGUGGCUCCGGAGAAGGGGCCCCGGGCCAGUGCCAGCCCAGGGCACCCGGGAGAGCUGGUGCUCUCGCCCAAGCAGGGCCAGCCGCUGCACAUUCGUGUGACCCCGGACCACGAGAACAGCACUGCCACUCUGGAGAUCACCAGCCCCACGGCAGAAGAAUUCUUCUCGAGCACCACCGUCAUCCCCACCCUGGGCAACCAGAAGCCGAGGAUCACCAUCAUCCCCUCCCCGAACGUCCUGUCUCAGAAGCAGAAAGGCGCAGAAGCUACCCUCGGCCCGGAGCGAGCCAUGUCUCCGGUCACCAUCACCACCUUUUCCAGGGAGAAGACCCCAGAGGGCGGGAGGGGGGCGUUUGCCGACAGGCCCACGUCCCCCAUCCAGAUCAUGACCGUGUCCACUUCGGCGGCCCCGACGGACAUCAAUGUCCCUCCCGAAUCCCAGGAAAUGCCCGUGGGAAGGACGGUCCUCAAGGUCACCCCGGAGAAGCAGCCUGGACCAACCCCAGUCCGGAAAUACAACGCCAAUGCCAAUAUCAUAACCACGGAAGACAACAAAAUCCACAUUCACCUAGGCUCUCAGUUUAAGCGAGGCCCGGGGACUUCGGGCGAAGGGGCGAGUCCGGUGAUCACUGUCCGACCGGUCAACGUGACGGCCGAGAAGGAGGUGUCCACCGGCACCGUCCUUCGCUCGCCCAGGAACCACCUCUCGCCUCGCUCUGGCUCGAGCAAAGUGACCAGCACCAUCACCAUUACCCCGGUCACGACUUCAUCAGCCAGAGGAACCCAGUCAGUGUCGGGACAAGACGGGUCAGCCCAGCGACCUACACCCACCCGCAUUCCUAUGUCAAAAGAAAGCAUCAUCAUUCACCAGUUACGUAUGAACUCAAGAUGAAAUGGUAAACCAAGCACAUACUGGGUGUGCGUAUUUCCUCUGAAUCCCUGUUGAAUGGAUAAUAUAUCUCCAGCCCUCCACCAUCACUAAGGUCCUCCAUGCUACUGAUCACUACUGGAAAUAAUUUCCUACUUCCAGUGAAUUUUUUUUUUUUUGAGGAUAUAAACGUAAAAACUGAAAAUGGUUUUGCUGAUAAUAUAAAAAUAGGUAGCAAGAGCAAUUCAAUCUUUGUGUCAAAUUUCUCUUCCUUUGGCAAAGCUUUCAGGUCCAUGGGCACAUGCUGUGUAAUUUAUUUUUAUAAUACACUUUGUAAUGUGAUUAUUUUUUCCUAAAGUGUUUCCUUCUUCAUAGUCUAUGGCACAUGUAUUUGUAGACCACACUGUCGGUUCGCCAAAGUAUUGGUAUUGGUGCAUUCAAAAUCGUAAGUUCUGCUUAUUUUCUUCUAUCAAUUUGCUAUUCCUGAAAAAAAAGAAAAAUAAAGUACAACACUCUAUAUAUUUCCUGGGGUAAAUUCAAGAGGUAAAACCAAAGCAGGAGGUCCUGGAAGAUCUGUUAUUAUUGUUUGUACAAUCCUCUGGUUCUGAUCAUGGUUCACCACUUGCAAGCAACACUGUGAUUUAAGAGUUUAAUUUUAAAUACUUAAGCCAGUUUUUUAAAGUUGCUCUUUCUGGUGUUCUGUGCCCAAAACCCUGGAUGAAUUUGUUUUCAUAUGGAACAAACUAAUAGAAGGAGCUGUGUGCGUUUUACCAGUAAGCCUUAAAGGAACAGCUUUUACUGACAAUUCUAUUGUAUUUCUGUUUGCAUUAUGUACUUACAUGUACAGGAUGUAUAAUAAGGACUGUGAUAUGAGAUUAUUUCUCACAAUCUAUCCAAAUGAAAGCGUGAAAAUAAAAACUGACCUAGAUACUAUCAGCAUCUUUUUUAAAAAUGGUAAAAGAAAUCCCAAGAUACAUAAGCUUUUUUCUUGAUAGCUAGGAUUUGGGCACAUUUUCAUAAUCCCCUAAAGGUUAGAUAAUAUGUUCUUUAAAGAUUCAAAGCACAAUAUGCAUUAAGCAAAUCUCAGUGUCAGACCUGCUGUUGAAUUUAGGUUUAUGUGAAAAUAUGCAUCAGAAAACUACUUGAAACUCUAAUAGUGUAGGUUUUUUUAAAAAAGAUUUUGUUAAUAUGGAUAUGUUUUCAAUAAGGUCUUUAAAAAUAUAAGUUUGAAGACAAAUGAGGAGUGGACACAUCAGUUUCUAGGAGCAUAAAUCAUGUAUCAUGUCACUUUAUUGAGAUUAAAGAAAGAAUGCUUGUUAGCAUCACAAGGAUAACUAGAGAGCACACAGGUAAUAUUAUUGGCCCGUUUCUCUGGUCCACAAGUUUACCCAGGUUCCUGAGGCCAUGAGGGGAAUACACACUGAAUCUAGGGAACGGAAGCAUUAGGUUUUAAGGUAUACCUUGUGGAAUUAGCAAAUCACAUUCAGUAGGUAUUAAAAAUUAAAUAAUUGUAUUUUAUGUAAAAUUAGUUAAGAGUUUUGUAAGAGAAAUGCUACAGUAGGUUUGUCUUAGCAUGAAUGAUUGUGAACACAUUACAGACAUGCAGGGCUUUCACUACUAAUUAAUGAAACGAGUGUGUAUGUGUGAAGAUUUUAAAAAUUGUUGUUUUAGGUUUUGAUUUCUGAAAAUGUUUCUGAACUGGCCAUUUCAGUGAGAAGGGGGUUUUAUUUCGUAUUGCUAUAUUUUUUGACUCAGAGUUAAAUUCCCUAUUUGCCGAUGCUUAUACUUCUGAUGGCAAAAAUAUUCUGACAUACUACAGAAUUUAUUUUGAAGCAAAUAAUUUCCUUAACUUGUGGGAAUUUUAUUACACAAAGAGUGAAAAGGCUAGAAGAUAAAACUUUAAAAACUACUUGACGUUAAUUUAAAAUAUUACAAGUAACUUAUGUAUAUUUGGAUCUAAAGAUUUUGUUUCUCCUGCAUUUAUUAUGAAAUUUGUAGAGGAUGAUGGUGUAAUCAGGGCAACUCAGAUAGUUGCUCUUUUCUGCCCCUCUAUGAUUAAGUCUUCUCUUUAAACACUAAUGGAAUGUGAGUGGACAGAUGAGUAAAAUUAAUCUAAAUUAAUAAAAAAUUGUCCUGACAAAAAUAAUAGAAUAUUUAAAAUGAAUAGAAAAUAAACACAGAAGUCUUCGUCUCGUGAAUAAACAAACAAGAUCAUAAAUAGUCAUACUCCAGUGAAAGUGUGAAAGCGUUAGUUGCUCAGUCAAGUCUGACUCUUUGUGACCCCAUGGACUGGAGACCACCUUGCUCCUAUGUCCAUAGGAUUCUCCAGGCAAGAACACUGGAGUAGGUUGCCAUUCCCUUAUCAACAUCCGCCUGAAAAAAUUGCCCCCGUGUUCAAUCCUGACACCAUCCCAGGCUCACAUAAUUUCUAUAUAUUUUAAGUAAAUCUCCAAUCAUCAGUAUGUAUGACAAUCCAUUUUGAAUGGAAUAAUUAUGUUUUCUGAAGCAGAGUCAUAAUCAGUGUUUCCAGAUGAAGGUGCAUAGUUGAACUAAUUCAUUAUGUUGUCCUUUUCUUUUUGAUAAGAGAAUGUGUUCUGAGAGUAUUGAUUAUGAAGAUUUUUUUUCAAGUAUUUCAUAAAACAUUAAGGUUUGAUGAAGUUAGUUGUAAAUAUUCCAGAUAGCAGAUGCCCUGGAAUGGUCACAAAAUAUGAAGAAUUAAUUGUAUCUUAAGACAACCAUUUGAAAAAAAAUCAUGAUGUGGAAUAUAUAGCUUAAACAUUAACAGAAACACCAACGCUAUUGAAGUAACACGUAACUUACAAAAACCAGUGAAAAAGGAAGUAUAAAAUGGUGUGUUAAACAAUGUAAUUAAUAUGGUUGUGCCUUUUUUCUUUAUACUGUGGUUGAAUUUUCCUGGAAAUAAAUUAAAAGUAUAGCUAAAGUAGGGUGUGUUCAUGAAUGUGAUGAGCAACAAUUCUAAAAACACCAAAAAUGCAAGAUGGAAGUUUUUUUAAAAAACAUCUGGCACCUGAGGCAUAUAUGCACCUCUGGACUCCAUAUAUGUGCCUCUGGACUCCAGUGCUAUGCCUCUGCUAAAAAUAUUAAUUAGAAGGCAAAAAGGAAGAACAAUAAAAAUUGUUGUAACGAAUUCAUAAAAAUGGGGAGAGUUUCAUGGAAUUAUUUUUGCUUGCUGACCACUAAAAUUUUUAUUUUCUUAAAUUUUCAGCAUUUACUACAUAACUGAUGAAAACUGUGUCUAUUACCUAGAGAAAAUGUCAUAUAUUCAUAAAUUUAGACGGAAAUGUUUAUUGGUGCCAUGACAAGAUUCAUUUUUUUUUUUUCUGGUGUUGUUUUCUUUUUGUUUGUUUAUGUUAUUUUGGUAAGUUUACCUCACCAUUCACAGAUUUUGUUAUUUGAACAAUUCAGGUCUGUAUUUAUUUAGACUUUUGCUUUAAAAAUAUCAGAUGUUAACUUUUCCAAUAUAAGAGAUUUAUAAUGUGAUCAAAUAUUCUUAGAAGUCUUGCAGGUUUAAUGGAUUUUCUAAAGCAAAAGAUUGCAUUGAAAAGUUUGUGAGCUGCAUUCUAUUUUCACAGCAUUCUCAAUUUUGUCUCCUUUAAGUUUUAUUAAAUCCAUGAAAAGCUUAUUAUUUUUCACUAAGCCAGGUGAAUUUAUGGAUAUAUACUUGUCUUUUCUAUGAAUGUAAUAUCUUACUUUCAUUUUUUCACAGGCUAUUGAAAUUACUAAACCAAUUAAAACAUUCUCUGUGUUAUUUCCCAAAGCCAACUAUGUUUGUCAAAAUCUCACCAGGGUGAGAAAAAAUAACGAUUGUGAUACAAAAGCAUUUGUGCAAUAUUCUUUUUUGAAUUGGAACAUAAUAGUUAUCAAAUUAAAAUCAUUUAAAAUGAA